AUUGAAUUGGUUUCUACAGCAGCAGGAGGAAUUGGUCGAACGUUUCAUCUUUUCUCCAUUCCAUACGAGUACCUAUUCAACAUCACUGCUUUUCUGCAGGGCCCAUCAUCAUGGCAGGACUCUUGAAGAAGCCGUUCAAGCUCGCUCUGAUUCAGCUAGCAUCAGGUGGUGAUAAAACAGCAAACCUUGCCCAUGCUCGAUCAAAAGUUAUCGAGGCAGCCAAAGCCGGCGCCUCAAUGAUAGUCCUUCCCGAAUGCUUCAAUUCACCAUAUGGCUGUCAAUAUUUCCCCAAAUAUGCAGAGACCAUCCUUCCUGCUCCCCCAUCUCACGAAAAGUCGCCCUCAUGGCAUAUGUUAUCCUCCGUUGCAGCCGAGACGAAGACGUACCUUGUUGGUGGAAGUAUACCUGAAUUUGUGCCGGAAACGAAGGAAUAUUUCAACACUUCUUUGGUCUUCUCGCCGACUGGCAAGCUGCUAGCAACACAUCGCAAGACGCAUCUUUUCGAUAUAGACAUACCAGGGAAGAUCAAGUUCAAAGAGAGUGACGUUCUAUCCCCCGGCAACAAAGUGACUAUCGUCGACUUGCCAGAAUAUGGUAAGAUUGGACUGGCUAUUUGUUACGAUGUUCGCUUUCCGGAGCUUGCCAUGAUUGCUGCCAGAAAAGGUGCUUUCAUGUUUGUUUAUCCAGGGGCAUUUAACACUACAACUGGUCCAAUGCAUUGGUCUUUGCAGGCUCGAGCUAGAGCAAUGGACAACCAAAUUUAUGUUGCUAUGUGCAGUCCUGCACGAGACACGGAGGCAACGUAUCAUGCUUAUGGCCACUCAAUGAUUGUCAACCCCAAUGCCGAGGUUUUGACUGAGGCGGCCGAGCAUGAAGACAUUGUAUAUGCCGAUAUUGCUGGGGCCAAAAUUGAGGAGACCAGGAAGGGCAUUCCGAUCUACAGUCAAAGACGGUUUGAUGUUUAUCCUGAUGUUAGUGCCGGCAAAGUGCGCUAUGAGGAUGAAACAAGCUCAUAGAUGUGCCCACAUUCCUCCAAGAGCAUAGCAUAAAAUCAAAAUAUAGCUAAAGGCACCUCAUGCU